AUGUCAACUUUACUUCUGAUCAAGACAAGUAUCCAGUGGAACAUUGGUGCCGAUUUGAGCGGUUCUCGUUGGUUGGUCCACUUGAGAGUUCAGUGAUUAAACGAGAGAGCGUUUAUUGCACGUGAAAGUGAACCAUGAAUGAUUUGGGCGAAACUCCAAAAAUCCAGGUCAAGGCCGCCAAUGAGGCCGGGACUUCCACACUUCUGUCCAAUACGUACUUCCAGCGGUUGAAGGCGUCCAGUAAUGUGUGCAACACGCAUUCAGUCCCAAGCUCGCCGUCGCCAUUCUCCAAGCGAUCCUCGCCCGAGGUCCGCACCAAGCGGUCUCAAAGGACCUCCGUCACUAGCACAUUGUCUGAGAUCCAGAUCCAAAUCAAUGAUCGGCGAGAAGUCAAGUUCCCGAAUCGUUUCCACAAGCGAUUGUGGCGGUGGAUCAAGUCCAAGACCCGGAGGAAAACUGGAUCUAGCUGCCAUUUGGUGGUGGAGACCCAUGCCAAGCGAAAGCAUUGUUGCACCGAGAAGUUCCCCGCGGAGAUUAGCCUCCAGGUGUUGGAGGAGAAACGCCUCUCCAUUGGAGGUCAACGAGUUCCCUAUUGUGCCCGAGGCUCCUGGGCAGACAUCAGUAUCAACUCGGGAGUUUACGGGGACCGACGAUUAUCCGGAUCCAAGUGUCUCGUCCCUCCAUCCACUCAGAUGAGUACCUCGCGCGAUUUGUCCAUGGAAAGUGGCUAUCAGUCUCAUUCGUCCCUCUCAUCACCCGGUACUCCUCGAAGUCUAUCAGCUCGACGAAGGAGCUCUCGGGGCAUCACGGCCAUGAAAUUGAGCAAUAACAAGAGCUUCUCCGUUGACACGGGAUCCUCACCUCCUUAUUACAUGAGCAAGGAAAGGACCUUCAAGAACUGGCGAAGCGAGGACCAUGGUUCGGAAUUGCCCUCUCAGGCAACAUCCCAAGCUGCUACCACAAGCAUUGGAGUGGCCACAGCGGCAGCCUCAUUGAGCUCCGUGCAGAAAGCAAUGGAGCGAAGAAAACAAUUUAGUCGGCUGAAUAACGUGUUCCACGAGGUUGUAGAGGAUGAUGGAAGUAGUGGGAGUGACAGUCCUUAUUACAUGAGCAAGGAAAGGACCUUCAAGAACUGGCGAAGCGAGGACCAUGGUUCGGAAUUGCCCUCUCAGGCAACAUCCCAAGCUGCUACCACAAGCAUUGGAGUGGCCACAGCGGCAGCCUCAUUGGGCUCCGUGCAGAAGGCAAUGGAGCGAAGAAAACAAUUUAGUCGGCUGAAUAACGUGUUCCACGAGGUUGUAGAGGAUGAUGGAAGUAGUGGGAGUGACAGUCCAGAUUGUACCUUCGAGGCUGUGAAGCAGUCCUUGGGGGAGUGGCAAAUUCCCCACGACGAAAUUACCUUCGGAAAGAAAAUCGUCGGUGGAGGGAGAUUCGGCCAUGAUGUCUUCACCGGCAAAUGGCACGGAGACGUGGUGAUCCACAGCUUUCGAACCAAUGCCAGCCAGGAGAUCAGAAAUUACUUGAGCAACAUCAAGACCUUGACUCAGAUUCGACACGAGAAUAUCGUAUUGUAUAUGGGGGCGAGCGUCGUCCAGGAUCAGAUGUAUAACAUUGUGACAAAUCCGGUCAAAGCCGAGUCCCUUCAUUCGUACCUUUCCUCUUUAAAUUCCCCAAUGGACGUUGAAAAGACGCUUUCUAUAGCGAAACAGUUGUCGAACGCGAUGGGCUAUCUGCACGCCAAGAAUAUCAUCCAUGGCCGAAUUAGCUCUCGGAAUGUAUUUCUGGAAACCAAAGUUCAGCUCUCGCUCCUGGAUUAUGCGGUGGGCCAACCAAAUACAGUCUACAGCAGCCCCAAGGUGCUUACUCAUCCAAACACGGUUGAGCCCGAAGUCUUUAAUGGCUCAGAAAAGGCCGAUGACAUCUUUGCCUUUGGGACAUUGCUGUUUGAAUUGUUCUCUUGCCAACUGCCCCUUCGAUGCGAGCAGGAAAACGUCAGGGCCGCCAAGAUCCGGGCCGGAAACCUUCCGGAAUCUCUCGUUCACGUCCAUUGUACGGAUCGUCUGAAGCGGUUAAUCCAAAAGUGUUGGGAUUACGAUGAGAAGCGAAGACCAUCCUUCGCUCAGAUGGCUCCGCAUUUCUCCCCGGGCAGCGGUAUUCUCCGACGUCAUAGUUCCUCCGAGCCUCGUCUCGAUCAAAUGGGCAAAACAACUGGGCGUGAUACGACUGGGGGACCAGCUAAGAAUACCUGCACCUCCAUCCCCAUGUGUGUGGGAGUCUCGCCGCCACGGGAACAAGAGGAACAAAAGGAAGAGGAACAAGAAGACCGAGAAGAUCCCGCCCCCUCGUUUAAAUCCUAAAGCCACAAAAAGAGAGAAAUGGAGAGGGAGCCGAAGAGUCCUAUCCAAACAACUCGGGCUCGUUUCUUCUGGCUCCAAAAGGCAACCACAAACCGGAUCUAGAGGUCUCUUACUUCGCUUUGCUCCAAGAGUGGCUGAGGCCUUGAGAGUUUUGAAGCAGAACCCACCCACCCAACCAACCAACCAACCAACCAACCAACCAACCAACCAGUCCUCCUCCCACGCUUUUUAAGGAGGCUUUCUCCCACGACGUCUCGUGGAAGUAACUUUGAGGCCUACAAAGGCUUCUAAAGGUUCUUGAAGAGACAAGGGGCUGAAAAGAAGCGAGAUAAAGAGAGACAUGCGUAUGCAACUGGUGGCCUCUCUAUUUCUCUCUCAGACCAACCAAAGAGCUUGUUGAGGUGGGGGAGAACAAGAGAAAACGAAAGUAGAGCCACCACUCCAUAGAGUCCCUGUUUGUUCGAGUUCAUUGAUGUGGCAAAAGCCAAGAUCCUUUUUAGCCAGUCCAUAUCACACAAUAUCACCUUUAGGCUCUGAUCCUCAGUCUCAGGUGCACGCUUGAAUUGAGCCACUUCCAAGACAAAGCAACCAACCCCGAUGGCCAGACUACACUCAAAAUUUGCUGACCAUGCAGGAACCGUAUGGAAAUCUGUGAACGUGGUCUUUUCAACUAAAGGCCUGGGGAGCUGUUCAAGCCGAUUACUUGUUGGAACGACGGCAGAACUGGAGUACAUGAUGUUUCUUAUGGUGCCCACGCGUCUACUUCUUCUCCUUGUGAACCCACCCACACCCAACCAGCCAAUCGGCCAACCAGCCAACUGCCAACAUGAAUGCGUGGGAGGUCUUAAAGCAAAAGUAAAAAAAAGCCGGAACUUCUCAAGUCUUAACACAGUUUCAGUUAGUAACAGUAGCUGGCCGCCAUGAUGGGUUCCUGGUUAAUAUUUCUGGGCACAGAUCUUCCCAUCGCAUGAAGAUAAAGAGAUUAUUUUCCCGUAUAUUCUAACACAAGUAAUUGGUUGUGAAAAUGAUAUGUAAAUCGAUGAGCGAUAGUAUCAAUUGCAUCAAUUAUACCAAUACGCGUAACCCAAAUAUUCCACGGAACUCCAUUGUCAUAAAAUCGGUAUACCUUAAAGAAAUAUAUUAUUACUCUAAUCUGUUA